AUGGACACCAGCAUCAUCCUUCGCAAAUACACCCUCGCAGAAGCUCUUCUUCACAUUGAGAUCUUUACCGAGCCCUUCGAUCCAAUCCUGUGGAAAGCAUGGGCGGUCCAAAUGCACGUCCUGCUGGUCCUUAUGGUCCAAGCCCAGUCUGAAGCAGCCAGCGUGGGGAUCAUUCUACCCCUUCCGCGCGAUAUCCCUGUCCUGGCCCAGGUGAAAAUACACCUGGCAACAGCUCGCACUGUAGAAGGUGGUCAUCGGAUGAUACCCCAAAUUGCGGAUCACCUUCCUGCAGUCAUUCCUCAUGGUUUGACUGCCCGCAUUCUGUAUGAUGACCCUGCUGUCCGCGAGGACUUUGGUUUAGGGCACCCACCGGAUGGUCUCCCUGACAUUGGAACCUUGCGCCUUUGGGUUGAGACAUUGUGCAAUGCAGCCCGCGAACUGUAUGAUGUCAUGCGUGGAAUCACUGGUAGACACGAGCUGGCAGAUGAGUACGACCUCCGCGACGCUGUGGCACAAGUCCAAGGUCAUCUCGCUAAGGGAGAUAGGUCCGCACAAAAUGAGGUGCAGCAGGUGUGGACUCAUGCGCUGUCUGAGUUGGUGGGUGUCCUGGAGGCUCACUUCAAGACCCUCACCGACUUCAGGGAGUUGGAUUUCAAUCCCCGGGAGAUCGACGCAAUUUGCACAGCGUUCGUGGACGUGAUCAUUCAUGCCCAUGCGCAGUCGUUUCCCAGUGCUCUCCUUCUGGAGCCUUCACAAGACGAGAUCGAUGCCACCAUGGAGCGGCUCGCGCUGGGCUGUGAUUAUUUCACCGAGGUUGAGCGUCGCACUGUGCCACCUCCAUCGAUCCACAUUCCCGCUUGUGAUGCCUGUCAGAUCGCUGAGGCACGGAGGUGCAGGUGCACAUAUGCAAAGCAGAGGGCGAAAUCCCAAGCAACGUCCACCUGCACUGCGGGAUCACCAGGACUGCAGACGAAGCGAUCCCGUGGCAAGACGGCUACCGCCUCGGGAGCUUAUCGUGCAGCAGAAUCAUCAUCUGUGGAGGACGCAGGUCCUGUUAGAGGCCACGUCCCGUAUGUCGACAUACCACCCAUGCCUCGCCCUCACCACGAUGUGCUCAUUCGCGAGUCACAGAAGGACCUACUGCAAGACCUCGAGGCUCGCAUUAUGAGUUUGGAGGAGGAACAGGAGCGUCUGAAGCGGGACAACAACAAGGUGACCGCCCUUCUGAACAAACUUCGCAGUGCUCCCACAUCUGCCGCCGAUCCUGAUGACCUCGCCACCCGCGUCAAUGGCUUCGACACUGCAUUGUACUACAUCCGCCAGAAGCAAGAUCGGAUGGCUGCCGACUUCGCGACUAUGGCAAAUGCACUCCGCGGAGCCGGGGUGACCGUCCCCACUUUGUAUGCAGAACAGCCCGACUCAGAUGCAGACAAUGAGGUUCCGGCUGGGUCGGAGGAGAAUGACGAUGAUGAAGAGGUAUAUUGUCCCCGCCCCACACUCGAUAGAAUUGCGAAUAUUUCUGGGGGGAUUCUGGGCCUCCUGGGAAUGUCGGCCACAUGUGUUCCUUUUCAGCCCUUCAACCUCAUCUCCCAAAACUCCUCCACCCACACCAUGUCGGAAUUCGCUGGCCUGCAAAUGAAAGACUAUGCAGUGUUCAUCAUGGAGCUCGUCGCAGCGAUGAAGGUCCCAUGCAUGUGGGAUCGCGGAUGGGCUGAGGAUAUGCAGGAGCGUGCGCGGGCCAUGCCCGCACAUUUAACCGUGGAGGGGUUCAAGGUCCCCCUUACACUCGAAAGCUGCACCGAAAUCAAAGAUGCAUUGGCUGCGUACAAGUCCCUCAUGGCGCCCCUGGCUGCAUCAUCUAUGUCCAAGAAAGAGGGGAAGAAGCCUGCGUUGACUGUGUCCACUUCCCAACCGAUGCAUCUCGCUUUGAACCACGAGAUGGGGAGCGCAGGUUCAAUCGAUCGUGGAUCUGUCAUUUCGUCUGCUGCCAUCAUCGGUACAGCUCCUGUUGCGCCAUCCGCGCAGAGUCGCCACCCAUCUUCACUGCUGAUCGGAUCGAUCAAUCGUGAGGAGCAUCCAGUGAAGCGUCGCGCCGCCUCUCUGCCAACCGAUCCGAUGAUGAUUGAUGACCCGGCGCCGAUCCGUGCAGCAUCGUCCAUGCCUCCCCCUCAACUUCAGAUGAGUGCGCCCUCGCACUCGCAAUCCAUCAUGGCCGACAUGAUGGACAACAGGUACUCCUGUCCCAUGCUGCGUGUUACCGCUACGCUUCCCAGAUGCCCGUCUGACCACUUCAUCAGUCGCCAGAUGUCUGUGUGGUCCUUGCACAUCGCGCCAUCUCCCAUCGAGCACACCGGAUCGCAGGGAAGUCACGGUAGUCCAAGUGUCCCUGCCAUAUCUCUUGAUGACCCACCACGCCACGCGACUUUUCAUUCGUAUUUCACGGACGUUCUUCUGGCCAACUUCCGUUUGCUGCAGCUGACCGAGCAGAUCGCGACACUCGAGUCCGCGCUUAGGCGUAACUGGCAAUGCACACGGGCGCUUAAGGAUAGCCAACAUACGAUGCGCUCGCAGCUCGAUGCCAUCAUGGGUGCACUCGGCGGCGACCCCGCUCUCUUUGCCACUCGCUUCGGUGUCCUCGCCACUCGCGUCGACAUGGUUCCUGCCCAUCACCAUGAGGCGAUGCAGGGAUUGCUCGAGUUGGAGAAAUGCGUCAGGGAUUUGGAGGGGUCGGAUGACGAGUUUCCCUCUGAGGAGGAAGACGAGGUCGUUCAUAGCAUAUCGACGGACGCAGAAGGGGAUGAACAUAUCAAUUUCGAUGGGGAAGAUUAG